AGAUAGCAAAGGCUCUUGUGAUGAAGGGCUGUGAGGAGCUGGACCUUUACGACCGCGAGUUGGAGAAGGAGACAGCAAAGAUUGAAGCAGACCCCAUGCUCUUCUCAGAUGAUGUUUUCACCAUUGAGCCCUUGGAGGGAGAGGUUGGGCCACAUUGUUCAGCUGAAAUCAAGGUGUUCUUUAAACCCCGAGAAGCCCAAGUCUACAGAAAAGUGGCCUACUGUUCCAUCUCAGGCCGUGAGACCAGGCUGCCCCUGCACCUCACAGGGGAAGGCCUCGAGCCCUGCCUCCAACUCAGCUCUGAGGAACUGGACAUGGGGAAAGUUUUGGUUGGAGAAGCCUACAGCUACGAGGCAAUGCUGGUUAACAAAGGAGCUAUUGAUGCUCCCUUUGAGCUCAUCCCUCCAACCACAGCCCGUGGCUCCUGCUUCACCUUUCGGCCCCAGCAGGGCAUCAUUCCACCCAGUGGGCUCCAGCCUAUCCAGAUCUCCUUCAGUUCCACCACCCUGGGGGAGUUCAAGGAAGAAUUCCAUUUCAAUGUGGCUGAAUGCCCUAAGCCUGUGACCUUGACUAUCAGGGGCCACGUCACCGGACUGAGCCUGCAUUUCAGCACAGGUGGCCUUGACUUCAAUGACGUCUCCUUUGGCUUUCCUCAGACCUUGUCGUGCCACCUGAUCAGCACCUCCGUGGUGCCCAUCACCUUCCACCUUCGCAUCCCUGGGGACGGCCAGGGACAGCCCAGCCUUAGGAGCUCUGAUCAAGUGAAAGACAACGCUCACCCCUCCUGGGAAAAAGGCACACUGGCUCCAUGUCAGGAGAAGCCAAUGGAGUUCACCAUAACACCCAGCACAGGGACCAUCCCUUCCCAGGGAUCCCAGGAGAUCAGGGUCACGCUGUGUUCCAAUGACGUGGGACAGUACGACUGUGAUAUGGUGCUGGACGUGGAUGGUUUUGGCAAGGAGGUGUUGGCUCUGUGCCUCAAAGCCAGAUGUGUCGUUCCUGAGCUGCGUUUGCUCUUCUCCACCCUCGACUGUGGACCGUGCUCUGCAAAGGUCCCUUGCCAGAAGACGCUGACCCUUGUGAACCCGAGCCCCCUUCCAGGAUGCUACAGAGUUCUCCCUCAGCUUUUUCCUGGGGAUUUUUAGAAAAUGUGUGUGAGUUGCCAUUGUGGUAGAUGUGAAGGAGUUUAAAGUUUCCGCAAAGGUCCCUCUGAAGUUGCGCUUGAU